UUCCAUUUCAGUUUCAGUUUCAGUUUCGCUGCGAAGUUGGUCGCGUGCACACGCGUCUUUCCUCCAAAAAAAAAUACACAAAAAGCAAACAACUUUGCCCGAAAACCACUCGAAAACUCAAUGUUUUUUUUCCUGUGUUGUUAUUCUGUCUGUGUGUGUGUGUGUGUGUGAGCUUCGGUUCAGUCGGUCAGUGAGUUAGUCAAUGAUGGAAGGCAAGCCACCGCCACCCCGGCGGCAUCCAAAUUAUUUAUAAAGGACAGCAACUAGUUCCUCCUCCUCCAAAAAAAAAAAAAACCAACAAAAAAAAUAUAAAAGACAAUAUCCAAGACAAGUAGGAAGCGAAGCGUAAAAUAAAAAAUAAAAGAAGCUGCCACAGGCGACACUUUGCUCUCUGUCAGCACUGCUGCCUUCUGCUAGCUGCGCUGCCGGGCGCUGCUGCCAGCGUCAGCGUCAGCUUCGGCGUACGCAAAACAAAUACAAAUUUUCGAAAUACAUUUUACGCGCCCGUGUGCUCGUACGUGUCUGUUCAUGUUCGCCCUGUCUGUCUGUCUCUCUGUUUCUCUGUCUGAGUAUGAGUAUGGGUAUGGGUUUUAGUGUGUGUGUGUGAGCGUGCGAACGGUACGAGGAACGGAAUUACGGUGAAAAGCUUUGGGCAAUCUCCGCAAGCCCAAAACACACACCCACGCGCGCAAAAAAACAAAAACCCAAGCGAGCAAGCUCACAAAAAAAAUAAAAAUAAAAAAAAAAACACACGCGUAGAACAUACUACGAGGAGAGGACAUUAAAAUGGUGCAAACCACUGCAGACACCAUGGACUUCAAGGAGCGCCUGAUCGCCAGCGUCAAGAAGGAGGUGAAGCAACUGAUGGAGGAGGCGGUCACCAAGAAGUACGUCCACGAGGAGAGCAGCUCCGUCACCUCGCUCUGUGGCGCCGUCGAGGCCUGUCUCAGUCAGGGCCUCCGCCGCAGGGCCUUGGGCCUCUUCAAGACCUCCUCCACCACGGCGCUGCUGCACAAGAUCGCCAAGAGCUGCCCGGAGGCGGAGCACAUCAGCAAGCUGGUCCAGGAGAUCGAGGCCAGUGAUCCCAGCAAGCGCUCCUCCAGCAGCUCCGACAGCUUCCAGCGCCCCCCGAUGCUGAAGAAGAGCAGCAGCCACUCGAUGUCCGGGAGCCAGCAGGUGGCGGCCAGCAGCUCCUCGGCCUCCGUCUCCGUCUCCGCCUCCGCUUCCGCCUCGGUCAGUGUCAGUGUCAGUGCCAGUAACUCCAGCAUGUCGCUGGCCAGCCUGAAGUACCUCUGGAUCCGACUGGCCCUCUACGAGAAGCGGCUCACCAAGAUCAUCGAGUACCUGGUGAGCAAUGCCAGUAGCUUCUACGAGCGGGACUCCCUGGUGGCCGAUCCGGACUAUGGGUCCAUCCUGAGCUCCCUGCUGGUGGGUCCCUGUGCCCUGGAGUUCACCCGGGCCAAGACAGCGGAUCACUACUGGACCGAUCCCCAUGCCGAUGAGCUGGUGCAGCGACAUCGCAUCAGCUCCUGCCGACGCUCCUCGUCGACCUGCUCCCGGCCGGCCAUCAUCAACUUCAAGCGGAGCCUGAACACGUCCUCGGACGAGGCCAGCAGCGGCUCCUUCAAGUCCAUUGCCUCGGCCAGUGUGGCCAAGGACUAUGUGGAGUCCUUGCACCAGAACGCCAAGGCCACCCUCCUCUACGGGAAGAACAACGUCCAGGUGCUGCCCAAGAACGUGGCCGAGCCGAUGCCCGGCUACCUGAGCCUCCACCAGCACAUCCAGACCCUCACCAUCAAGUGGACGCCCAACCAGCUGAUGAACGGCUACAACGAGGCCGAGGAGGAGGACAUCGACAAGGACGCCUUCUGGGCCUACGCCCUCAACAUCAACGUGGACGAGAUCGUGUAUGUCCACUGCCACCAGAGCCGGGGCGAGGACAGUGGCGGCACAGUCAUCCUGGUCGGCCAGGACGGUGUCCAGCGACCGCCGAUCCACUUCCCGGAGGGCGGGCACAUGCAGCAGUUCCUCAGCUGCCUGGAGACGGGCCUCCUGCCCCACGGCCAGCUCGAUCCGCCGCUCUGGUCGCAGCGGGGCAUCGGCAAGAUGUUCCUCUGGCCCAGGAGCAUGCGCCGCCGGAUCCUGCCCUCCGUCAUGGAGUCCGUGGACGAGACGCCCAUCGAUUAUGUCUUCAGGAUUGUGAGCAAGAGCCGGCACGAGGAGUUUGCCGCCACCCACUCCAUCCUGGACUUUGUGCGGAGCACUCCGCGACGAGCCCAGCUCAGCAGCUGCUCCACCACCGGAAGCAGCGACUGCUCCAACAAGAGCCUCUCCAUCGACCAGUUCCCCCUCGAGUCGCCCCUCCUCCUCCACCACCAGCAGCAGAUGCUCCAGCAGAGCACCAGCAUCGAGAUGGUCUGCUCCACGAUGAGGCGCCAGAUCAUCUCCCGGGCCUUCUACGGGUGGCUGGCCUACUGCCGGCACCUCUCUACAGUAAGGACGCACCUCUCCGGCCUGGUGCACGGCAGGAUCACCCCGGAAAUGAAAGCCGAUGAGGAGGGCCUGACCCGCGAGCGCUGGGAGCUGCUGAACGUGGACGGAGUCCUGGAGAACGCCACCGAGUUCUACCGUUUGGUGUACUUUGGGGGCGUCCAGCCGGAGAUGCGGCAGGAGGUGUGGCCGUAUCUCCUGGGCCACUACGCCUUCGGCUCCACUCCGGAGGAGCGGAAGAAGCAGGACGAGACCUGCAAGCACUACUACGAGACCACCAUGAGCGAGUGGCUGGCCGUGGACGCCAUCGUCCAGCAGCGGGAGAAGGAGAAGACCGCCCGGGCGGUGGCCAAGCUGAGCUCCGGCUCCAACAGCGGCAACGAGAGGACUGUCCGAGCCGUCGACCUGGACCUGGGUGGCGGGGAGCUGGAGAACGAGGUGUUCGAGGACAUAUCGGACAUCUCCGAUCCGGGUGACCUCGAGUUCGAUGAGCAGCAGCAGCAGGAGGGGGGCGGCGGGGCAGGGGGUGCCGGAGGGGCCGGCGGACUGGUCACCAGCCUCAGUGGCAUGCAUCUCAGCGUGAAGCCCAUCCCCAGAUCGAUGAAGACCAGCACGGACUCGGGCCACGUGGACGAGGGCGAGAGCUUCAAUGAGCUGGACGAGGACCUGGACCAGGAGCAGGACAGGGAGCGGGAGCGGGAGAAGCAGGCCAAACCGGAGGAGCAGGGCACUCCCCCCAAUCCCGAGCCCAGCUGCUCCACCUCCACGGCCUCCUCGUACGAGACGGUGGGCAUGGGCGGGGCCCAGACUACCACCCGCAGUGUCCUCAGCCCGGAGUACCUCAGCGCCGACGAGCUGCAGCUGCCGGAGGACGAGGAGGCGUCGGCGGCGUCGGGGGCGGCGAAGCCCCACCAGCAGGCCGCCUCCGUCAUCAUCACGAAGGCCUCCGUGGACAUAGCCAACUGGGAGCGCGGCCCCCGGGCCUCGGGGGGACAGGGCGACCACCAGAUGUCGCCCCUCGAGGAGUCGCCCGGCGAGACAGCCGGAGGAGCAGGUCCUGGCUCCAAUCUCGAUGCCCUUCAGGAGCCCAAGUCGGCCUGCGCCUCCCCAGCCAGCUCCAAUGGCGGCGUCUACAGCAGCGAACUCCUGGAGCAGUUCGGCCUCAAUCUCCACCGGAUCGAGAAGGACGUGCAGAGGUGCGACCGGAACUACUGGUACUUCGCCAACGAGAACCUGGACAAGCUGCGGAACGUGAUCUCGACGUACGUGUGGGAGCACCUGGACGUGGGCUACAUGCAGGGCAUGUGCGACCUGGUGGCGCCGCUCCUGGUCAUCUUCGACGACGAGUCCCUCAGCUACAGCUGCUUCUGCAAGCUCAUGGAGCGGAUGAUCGAGAACUUUCCCAGUGGCGGGGCCAUGGACAUGCACUUUGCCAACAUGAGAUCGCUCAUCCAGAUCCUGGACUCGGAGAUGUACGACCUGAUGGACUCGAACGGGGACUACACGCACUUCUACUUCUGCUACCGCUGGUUCCUGCUCGACUUCAAACGGGAGCUCGUCUACGACGACGUCUUCGCCACCUGGGAGGUGAUCUGGGCGGCCAAGCACAUCGCCUCCGGGCACUUUGUCCUCUUCCUGGCCCUGGCCCUGCUGGAGACCUACCGCGACAUCAUCCUCUCGAACAGCAUGGACUUUACGGACGUCAUCAAGUUCUUCAAUGAAAUGGCUGAGAGGCACAACGCCCAGGCAGUGCUGCAACUGGCCAGGAGUCUGGUCCUCCAGCUGCAGAUGAUCAUUGAGAACAAGUAGGAACUGGAAGUAGGAACUAGUCCCUAUUACACUGGAAGAAACAACUCCAGGAUUUAAAUAUAAUAUAUAUAUUUUUGUGUGUCAACUCUGAGCCAGUUCUUCCCGCAACUCCCCCAAGCAUAUCCCCGAGGGGCCGACACAAAAAAAAAGACUCUGAACUCUACGAUUUUAGCUCCAGAAGUUAGACGGAGGAAUAUUACACUAAAAAAAAAAAGAAUCAAGAUAUCAAGAAAUGAAGAAAUGAAGAAUCAAAUAACCGAUAUAUAUCCUAGACACAUAUGAGAAGAAAUCAAUUUAUUCCAAGCACUAUUCCGAUUCAGAAUAAAAAAGAAAGAAAGGAACUCUGUACCAGCGAUUUAAGAUCCCCAUUGUGCGAAACAAUCAAGGCCAAGUCUUCAAUUACAAGAGAGAUAUAUGAUAUAUGGUAUACUAUAUAUUAUAUAUGAUAUAUAGAGAUAUGAUCCACCAUCUGGAUGAAAGUAUUCUACAAUGGAUGUAUAGUCCAAGUACUUGCCAAGCCCCCCUCUACUCUAGACUCUUUCUCUUGUGUUAUUUUUUAUAAAAAUAUUAUAUAUAUAUGUGUAUACACUAUAUACUAUAUAGUACUAUAUAGUAUCUUGAUUGUCACUUUUUGUAAAUGUACCCUAUUCUCCUACUCUCCCCGCCCCCCACUCCUGACUCCCCAGGUUUAGCCCCAGUUACCGGAUCGGAAAUAUAUAUAUAUAUAUAUAUACAUGUUUACACCCAAGCGGAUAUAUAAUAUUAACUAAUACCUAUAUAGCAUAAAUGUGUACAAGUACAAAGCAGAGAAAGAAUCAAUAAAUAUAUAACUCAUACGCCAUGUGGGCUGGUUUUCUUUUUUUUUAAGGUCAGGGGAGAUAGAGUUUCUUCAACUAUUUGUAUUUUUUGAUUUUUUCUGGUAAUUAUUAUUAUGGGAAAUUAAAGAUCUAUACAACAGUUGAUUUAUUAUAGGUUUUUUUUUUAAUAUUUCUAGGUUAGGGUCUAGAGUUCGACUCUCUCUGUUACUUUUUUUUAUUUCUUUAUUAAGUUUUAUAACUUUUUUUACGAUAUUUAUUGAUAUUUUUUUACGAAGUUUAUAGACAGAAGUUCGACUCUCUCUGCUACUAUUUUUGAUUUUUUAAUAUUUAUUUCUCAACUUUUACUAUUUUUCUUCAAAAAAUCCACUUUUUGAUAUUUUUUAAGUAUUAUUUGAAACUAGAGUUCGACUCUGUUACUACUUCUAAUUAUUUUUUAUUUAUUUCUAUUGAUUUUAAGUAUUUUAUUUUAUUAUUUAAACCUUAUAGACUCAAGUUCGACUCUUUCUGUUACUAUUUUUUAUUAUUUAUUAUUAUUUUCUUAAAUUCUUCCUUAACGGAAACUUCUACAACCCCUUCUUCGAUAAAUCCAUCUGCUGAUCCAUCCAGAAAUCAUAAAAAUAAGCAAACCCAACCGCAAAGGUAAACAAUCUGGGGUUAUCGGGAACAGGGGCGAUAAGGGAGACCUUCCUCCAAGGUUCCAUUCCCACGACUCCACUUGUUGUUGCCAAUGGCCCGAAAU